UAAAGAAAUGCGGAGGAAUUCUCUUCUUUAGCGUUGUGCCACUAUCACCGGCUCUCGUUGUUUGGCCUUUCUGAUUUCAGAUUGCUACCAUUCGGUACAUUCGCAACAUCAGAAUCUGCACCACUAAAGUUACGCCGGCGGGGGCUGGACGGCGGAUUGGACUUGUGGUAACGUCAGUUCCUGAAGGCGAUCUGUGGCACCCCUAACGGACACACAACAACAUCAUGGAUCAUCGCAACACCACCACGGCGACCAACAACAGCUACGGUAACAGUAAUCCGUACCUCCAACUUUCUCCUCUCCCUUCAAAUGGACAGGGCCCACAAGGCAGACGACCAAUGGAUAAGAUAUGUGAUUCGUUGAAUCGGUGUGGGAAGCGGUUUGAAGAUGUCACCAGAAAAGCGGAGAGUUAUGCCGGCAGCAUUUGGCAUCACCUCAAAACUAGUCCUAGUGUGAGUGAUGCGGCAAUGGCUAGGCUUGCUCAAGAGACAAAGGUGCUAACAGAAGGAGGGCAUGAUAAAUUGUUCCAACAGACAUUUGAGAUCCUACCCGGAGAGAAGCUGUUAAAGACAUUUGCUUGCUAUCUCUCUACCGCCACUGGACCUGUGAUUGGCACACUGUAUUUAUCCACCAAAAGAAUAGCUUUUUGUAGUGAUAAUCCCCUCUAUCAAUAUCUUCCCACAGGACAGCCGCAGUGGACGUAUUACAAGGUGGUGGUGCCGCUUGACCAGCUAGGGUCAGUGAAUCCUUCUUCAGACAGGUUGAAUCAUUCAGCAAAGUACAUCAACAUUGAGACAAGAGAUGGCCAUGAGUUCUGGUUUAUGGGGUUUAUAUCCUACGACAAAGCAUUGAAGCAUUUAACCGAAGCUUUGCAGCACUCUCGUGACAGUUACCUUGCAUUUUCCUGUUAAUUCGUGAAAUAAUUUGCAACUCCUUUCGUACCAGUAAUUUAUGCGCUCUAUAUAUAUAUUUCAGUCAUAUAUGUACUUCCUAUAGAAGGAUUUGUUUUGUUUUGUUUUUUUUUUUCCCUUUUUCCGGCA